CCCGGAAGUACAAUGUAGAGUGCGUUUCACCGAGGAUGAUGAAAAUCUAACGCAACCGUGUCGUAUUUAAACUGGACAUUAAUAUCUGGUCAUCUGAUUGCUCAUUUUUAUUCUGCCUAAAUGACAUUCUAAGGCGCAUGUGAAAACGUUUGCAUUUAUAAAACAAGAACGUUGCUUGAUUUUCCCGAUUUGCUUUUUUUUUUUACAAGCGCGACAUCAUGAAGUUUAUAUUUGCGGCUUUUGCCUUUCCGCUGUGGGUUGGCCUCGCUGUAAGUUGGAGUGAUCCAGGUAGUGUCCUACUUCGAGAUAUUCAAGUUCUCACCCUGUACCGAGGCCGGUACACCAAUUCCCGAAGGACAAGUCCUGUCCCUCAGUUACAGUGCACUGGGGGCUCUGCAGGAUGCAGUGCUUUUGUACCAGAAGUAGUCCAGUGUCAGAACAAAGGCUGGGAUGGCGUAGAUGUGCAGUGGGAAUGUAAAGCAGACAUGGAUUACUCCUAUCGGUUUGGAAAGGUUGAAGUUAAUUGUGAAGGCUACAACUAUCCCGAAGAUCCAUAUGUGCUUAAAGGGUCAUGUGGGCUGGAGUACACCAUUGAACUUACAGACAGCGGAAGACAAAGAAACAAGGGCGCAUAUGACAAUAACGGCUUUGGAUCGUACUUUAACCAGGAUAAAUCCGACAAUAUGAAGUACCAAAGUGAUAACGGAGGAAUGUCGGUAGCUGUCAUUGCCAUCCUCUUGUUGAUUGCAUAUGGGGUUUAUAAGAUGUUCCUGUGCAGGCCAUUGCAAGGACAAGAGCGCUUUCCAAAUGAUGUUCCAGGAGCCAUGGGGGCAAAUGAUUAUUCAGGUGGUUUUGGCUCAGCUGCCCCUCCACCUCCUGGAUUCAAAACUGAAUAUUCAGGCUAUGGAAACUACAACAGUGGAUAUGGAUUUAGUAAUGCCUUCACUGGACCAUAUCAUCAGCGAAACACUGGACCAGGGUUCUGGAGUGGAAUGGGAGCAGGAGGUGUUUUGGGAUACCUAUUUGGAAACAGAAGGUCUCAGUCAAAUGUGAGCCCAGGAAGAAGCAUGUUUAACACAAACGCCACAGCACAUCAGAGUACGCCUGGGACAAGAACGGCAUCUGGUUAUGGUGGGACAAAAAGAAGAUGAUUACUGGAACAAAACAACUGCAAUGAUGUGACAAUAAAAGGAAGAACCAAUUGAUGUGAAUCUUUGGGUGAAAAAUUACAUUUUGUUGUUGUACUGUAGUUUCAGACCUACUCACAUUUUGAAUUUCCAUUACAGAGAACCCAUUAACUUAAGCUGGAAUUAGUUUCAUCCCAUACUUUAAUAAAAUAUAAAAGGUGAUUGUAUGUUGACAUCCAAAUAUGCACAUUACAGUGAUCCCCCACCUAUCGCGGAAGUUACGUUCCAGACCCAUCAACGAUAGGUGAAAAUCCACCAUAUAGAAAGACCAUAUAAAUAAACAAGCCUUAAAAUACCCCUCCCACACGCUUUAAACACAUGUAAACUUAUUAAAACACACUUUGUAAACACAUGUGAUAUGUGGAUGUCGGGCUAAGGAUAUGAGUAACAUCACAGUGGUUCAUCUUCUUCCAUAUCACCCAUCACCUGCAUGUCCUCUCUAUAAACCUUUUCUUAGGCCUUCCCCUUUUCCUCUUCCCUGUCAGCUCUAUCCUUAGCACCCUUCUCCCAAUAUACCCAGCAUCUCUCCUCUGCACAUGUCCAAACCAACACAAUCUCGCCUCUCUGACUGUCUCCCUACUGUCCAACCUGAGCUGACCCAUAAAUGUCCUCAUUUCUAAUCCUGUCCAUCCUCAUCACACCCAAUGCAAAUCUUAGCAUCUUUAACUCUGCCACCUCCAGCUCUGUCUCCUGUGCCACCGUCUCCAACCCAUAUAACACAGCUAGUCUCACUACCGUCCUGUAGAUCUUCCCUUUCACUCUUGCUGAUACCCGUCUGUCACAAAUCACUCCCAACACUCUUCUCCACCCAUUCCACCCUACCUGUACUCUAUUUUUCACUUCUCGUCCUCACGCCCCAUUACUCUGUACUGUUGAUCCCAAGUAUUUAAACUCAUCCACCUUCACCAACUCUACUCCCUGCAUCCUCACCAUUCCACUGACAUCCCUCUCUUUUACACACCACUGAUACUGAAAAUAUGGUGACUUUAUUGAGAAUACGCUUAGCUACUGUAUGAUAACGGUCAGGAUGGAAAUGUGCACCAGAGUAGGUAGGACUGCUGCAAACAAUGCAAGUGACUCUCUGUAUUCGGAAGAAAUUCACUGAAUGUACGUGACAAAGGAAAUCUUACAAUUUGCAAAGAAUGAAAAUAAGAAUUUAAAAACUUUGACUUUUAUUGAUGAAUUUUAAAUGUAUAAAUUUUUUAGAAAAAGAAAAAGUAAAAGAAUCAUUUUUGUUAAGGUGCUGUUAAAUUUCAUGGGUGAUG